CGUCUGAACAGGAAGAGGAGGAUCACUUUUCUUUCUUUGAUAUGAACGCUAACCAUCGAUUUUGAAACAAUGGAUAUACCAGACACUAUUAGAAGACGUUUGGAGGAUUUUUCUCGUAAUGUUUUUGUGGAUCAGAGUCAAUUUCCCACAAAAGAGCGCUACACGUCCUCAACACACGACAGGCGCGUUCUGUCCAGCCUUCCCCUCCAGAUGUCUCUGUUCUUUAACAUGUGGUUCUUCCCCUUGUGGUGGAUCAGUGAGAUUGUCAUGCUGCACCUCAAAUAUUCUGCUUUGCCUGACUACUACAAGUUCAUCCUCAUGACUAUCCUCAUCCUGAUGACUGUAAUUGAGGCCAUCAGACUUUAUCUUGGCUAUGUGGGAAACCUGCACGAAAAGGUUGCAGAGUUGGCUGGGUUUUGGCUGCUGAGCAUCUUGCUGCAGUUGCCACAAAUCCUCUUUCAGCUUUUCAAUGAAGCCAUUCUUAUACAGCCGCUGGAGAGAGGCAUUCACAUUGUUCUAGCGCUUUUCAUCCUCACGCAGGCUGUUGCUGGUUUUGUGGCUCUCCGGGACUUGGUCAGACACACAGAAAGUCAAUUUCAUCUCCGCCAGUUUGAUUAGAACAUCUUGUCAUGCUUUUUUAUAAAAUGUAAAUAAUGAAUUUAUUAAGAGAAAGCAUAUUUAUAUUUUGUCAAUGUAUUACAUAAGUUUGUACAUGGUUUUGGUAUGAUUGUAAAAAAAAAAACAUGCAAAUAAUGUAUUAUUUUUAUAUUGCUUAUUAAAUGUAGCCAUCAAUGAACGGUA